AUGCCUGAAUUAGAAGCUAAACGAAAAGCGGAUGACUUAUCCGUAGUGCCAGCAAAACGCACUCGCCAUGAAAUAUCAGUUGUUGGUACUAGGGAGAAGGCAGUAGUAACAUCAUCAGUGCCUCGUACAUCAAACCUUUAUGCGCCUAUAAUGUUAUUAGAAGGCCAUCAGGGCGAAGUGUUUACAUCCAAGUUUCACCCUGAAGGAAAGCAUUUGGCUUCUGCAGGUUUUGACCGACAAAUAUUCCUAUGGAAUGUGUAUGGCCAAUGCGAGAAUGUGAUGGUGAUGAAGGGGCACACGGGUGCUGUGAUGGAGCUAUGCUUCUCUCCAGAUGGAUCCCACCUGUACUCAUGUGCCACAGAUAAUACAGUUGCUGUAUGGGAUGUACCAACUGGAACUAGGAUCAAGAAACUCAAAGGCCAUGCUAGUUUUGUUAACUCUGUGUCAGGUGCCAGGCGAGGUCCAGAAUUAUUAGUUUCAGCAUCAGAUGACAAUACUAUUAAACUAUGGGAUGCUAGAAAGCGGAACCCUAUAGCCUCGUUUGACAGUGGUUAUCCAGUCACCUCGGUCCUGUUCAAUGAUACUGCUGAGAAGAUCAUCUCUGGUGGAAUUGACAAUGUUGUUAAAGUUUGGGACAUCAGGAACAAUCAGAUUUCAUACAAAAUCAAGGGUCAUACGGACACUAUCACAGGCAUGGCCUUAUCCUAUGAUGGUUCAUACUUACUCUCCAACUCCAUGGAUAACACACUGAGGAUAUGGGAUGUACGGCCAUUUGCACCAUCUGAACGCUGCGUCAAGCUCAUGUCAGGUCAUCAGCAUAAUUUUGAGAAGAACCUGCUACGCUGUGCAUGGUCACAUGAUGGCUCUAAGGUGGCAGCAGGAUCGUCAGAUCGCUUCCUAUACGUGUGGGACACGACGUCACGUCGCGUACUGUACAAGCUGCCCGGCCACAACGGCUCCGUUAAUGACGUCGACUUCCAUAGGACAGAACCUAUAGUACUCUCAGCAUCUAGUGAUAAACAACUUUAUCUUGGCGAAAUUGAUAAUUAA